AUGACAUCGGAAACGCUCCCAGAACACGCUGGCGCGCCGCAGAUGGCGUCGCCUUGUGACGCGUCGGACACGGAUUGGGUGAUCAACCUCUGGUCGGGGCCGCGGUCGCUCAGCACGAGCCUCAUGUACUCCUUCGCUCAGCGCCCAGACACGGAGGUGGUGGACGAGCCUCUGUAUGCCGACUUCCUGACAGUCACUGGAGCUCCCCGGCCGUACAGGCAGCUGGUGCUGGAUAGCAUGGAUUCUGAUGGGACGAGGGUGGUUGACGAAGUGCCCUCUUUUGGUGAAGUUUCCCCCCCUUCUCUCUCCGAGACGGCUCUCCCCCACCUCCUCACCAUCCACUCCUCGCUCUCUCACAUGGGCCGACCCCCACCUGUGGUGGAUGCUACAAGGCUACAAACCAACCCUCAGGGCGUUCUCAUGGCACUCUGCCAAGCUCUAGACAUCCCCUUCUAUCCGGAAAUGCUCUCCUGGCCUGCAGGGAAACGCCCAGAGGACGGGGUGUGGGCUCCCUGGUGGUAUACCACCACGCAUGCCUCCACAGGCUUCGCUCCCCCUGCUCUCUACCCCAAGCCAUUCCCAAUGGAUCACUACUCUCUCCUGGAGGAAUGCCGCCCGUUCUACUCCUUGCUCCACUCCAAAGCCCUCGUACCGCUCACCACCACUGACAACUCCUCCACCACCACUCCCAUAACCAUCUCCCCCUCUACCUCCACCUCUCCUCUCCCUUCGCCGCCGCUCCCUGUGCCGGCUAACGAGAGGCUGCUGGUGUGGGUGGGGGAGGAGGGGUUGGUGCAGCGAAGAGACGCCAAGGUCCAUGUGCUGGACUCUGCAGUGCAGGGAGGGGAUGCUGUAUUGGAGGGGUUGAGAGUGUAUGAUGGUCGCAUUUUCAAGCUACAAGAGCACCUGGACCGCCUCUUCGACUCGGCCAAGGCUAUGGCGUUUGCAAACAUGCCUACACGAGAGCAUGUGGUGCAUGCGCUGGUGUCAACCCUCGCUGCGAACGGCAUGAGGGACAACGCCCAUGUUCGACUCACUCUCACACGGGGGAAGAAGACUACAUCAGGAAUGAGUCCGCAAUUCAAUCUUUACGGCUGCACUCUAAUCGUGCUGGCGGAGUGGAAACCCCCAGUGUACGACAACGCACGGGGAAUCAAGCUUGUGACUGCCUCCACUCGAAGAAACUCACCACAAUGUGUUGAUUCGCACAUCCAUCACAACAACCUCAUUAAUAACAUCCUCGCUAAGAUCGAGGGGAACAACGCAGGGGCAGACGAUGCAGUGAUGCUGGAUGUGCAUGGAUAUGUCAGUGAAACCAACGCCACCAACAUCUUCAUGGUGAAGAGAGGGCGCAUUCUGACUCCCCAUGCCGACAGCUGCCUGCCAGGGAUCACCCGCGCCACGGUAAUGGAGCUGGCAAGGCAGGAAGGCAUCCCCAUUCAGGAGUGCAACAUCACCAUGGGUCAGCUGCACGCUGCUGAUGAGAUAUUCACAACAGGGACUAUGGGGGAGCUUACGCCCUCGGCCAUCAUGCCGGAAAUUGAUCCUGAUCUCGAUGAGAAGAACCCGCCGGCCCUCGAUGAGGACGAUAUCGCUCUUCUAAAGACCUAUGGUCUUGGCCCGUACUCAACGUCUAUCAAGAAGGUUGAGAAGGAUAUUAAGGACAUGGCCAAGAAGGUCAACGACCUAUGUGGGAUCAAGGAGUCGGAUACUGGAUUGGCUGCACCAAGCCAGUGGGAUCUAGUGUCGGACAAACAGAUGAUGCAGGAAGAGCAGCCGCUGCAGGUGGCGCGCUGCACGAAGAUCAUCAACCCCAACACAGAUGACGCCAAAUACGUCAUCAAUGUGAAGCAGAUUGCUAAGUUCGUGGUGGGGUUGGGUGACCGCGUCUCACCGACUGAUAUUGAGGAGGGCAUGCGAGUCGGAGUGGAUCGCAACAAGUAUCAAAUCCAGAUUCCCCUGCCGCCCAAGAUCGACCCGAGUGUGACGAUGAUGACAGUGGAGGAGAAACCGGACGUUACCUACGGGGACGUGGGCGGAUGCAAGGAGCAGAUUGAGAAGAUGCGAGAGGUGGUGGAGCUACCUAUGCUGCAUCCUGAGAAGUUUGUGAAGCUGGGCAUCGACCCUCCCAAGGGCGUGCUGUGCUACGGACCACCCGGCACCGGCAAGACCCUGCUGGCGCGCGCUGUGGCGAACCGCACGGAUGCCUGCUUUAUCCGCGUUAUAGGCAGCGAGCUGGUGCAGAAAUACGUGGGCGAAGGAGCGAGGAUGGUUCGAGAGCUGUUCCAGAUGGCUCGUUCCAAGAAGGCGUGCAUCAUCUUCUUUGAUGAAGUUGAUGCCAUCGGAGGGGCUAGGUUUGACGAUGGAGCGGGCGGAGACAACGAGGUGCAGCGCACGAUGCUUGAGAUCGUGAAUCAGCUGGAUGGGUUUGAUGCGCGUGGGAACAUCAAGGUCCUCAUGGCCACCAACAGGCCUGAUACUCUUGACCCUGCUCUCCUGCGCCCCGGUCGCCUCGACCGAAAGGUGGAGUUCGGGCUGCCAGACCUGGAAGGCCGAACACACAUCUUCAAGAUUCACACUCGCACUAUGAACUGUGAACGGGACAUUCGAUUUGAGUUGCUGGCCAGGCUCUGCCCGAACUCCACUGGAGCUGACAUCCGCAGUGUGUGCACGGAGGCAGGCAUGUAUGCCAUCAGAGCACGGCGCAAGACUGUCACCGAGAAGGACUUUUUGGAGGCAGUCAACAAGGUCAUCAAGGGGUACCAGAAGUUCAGCGCUACACCCAAAUACAUGGUGUACAAUUGA